GUUAAUUCAAAGAUCCGUUUGAAAAAUAUUUUUAAAUUGUUAAACUCAUCUGAAGGAUGAGUUCCCCAGUGUCCAUAAGUAACACUGGUCCAACGGCUGGUGCUACAGGAAUGGAAACAGUAGUGGCUGUAGCACUUGGUGUACUUGCCGCUGUCUUCCUUGGUGCACUUUUAGUAUUGCUUGUUAUUUGUAAAAGACAAAGAUGUUACUAUAAUCAGAAAGAUUCUCCAGAUCUAAGCUCAGAUUUAUUAGAGGGAGAAAAUUUUUCUGGUUUAGACUUAGAUGCUUGGGAAAGUGAAGAGUGGUUAGCUGGUGCAGAGAGGUGGGUUGAUGAUGCUACUGGUUUAGCUCCACUAUGCAUUGCUGUGUUAAGAUCUUGUCAUGCUUUGGCUUCAAGUCUCACUGCAAUUGCAGGCACAGUGAACAGUAAUACUGUUCCAUUGGAAAUAGUGGAUGUUGCUAGACGUAUUCCACCUCGUGUUGAUGAUGUAGUUAGAAGCUUAUAUCCACCAUUAGAUGCAAGGUUAUUGGAAGCUAGAGUAGCAGCAUUAGUAUUGGCUGUUACACAUUUGGCAUUGGUGACUAAGCAUGGAGUAUCCAAAAGUCAUGCCAGGAAAUUAGCAUUUAUUGAUCAAGCUUUAAAUGAUAUGGAUUCUCAUUUAUCAAUUUUGAGGAAUGCUGCAUUGGCACAGGAGGUGGCUUCCUCUGUUCCAGCUUCAACACCAGUUUAA